AUGCAGUCCCUCUUCAGCGUGCACAACAACGUGUCGCUGAUCAGUAUUACCAUUGCGCCAGGGGCCUGGAUCACUUUUGUGGUUAUCUUCUUGGCCUUUUGUUUCUUGUACUUGUUUUACCAUCAACCUCUCCCCUCAUUUUUCCGGUGGGCGGCGCGAACAUUGUUCCGGCGCCGGAAGCAACGACCACAGGACCGGGACAUCGCGCGGCCGAUUAUCGAGGAAGAGGAAGAUAGCUACGAGGCUUAUUCUGAGGAGGAACGACCACGGCGACGGCACAUCGAACAUACCCCUCAACCGCCUCUCCUCACGGACUACUCUUACCGCUUUGAUAACGACGUUUACGAGUACAGCAGCCACGGUGAGCUGGAAAGUAAGGGGAAAGAAAAAGUGAGCCGCAAGGAACAACUACGGGCUAGCGAGAAACGGGCCAGCGCGAGCGGCAGCAGCAGCACUAGCAAGAGCAAAAGCGGGAAGAAAACGAGCUCCUCGAAAGAGAACGGAACGCUCGACCCGCUCGACGCGUCACUGGAAGAUCUCGGGCCAUCGAAUGGCAACCCCAAUCUGCCGCCGCCGAGUCGAACGCCGUUCGAGUACCCGUCGGCGCACUCGGGGUUCCAGAGCGAAGGGCUGAGCGAGACGGACGGGACGGACGAUUCCGAUUCGGAAGCUUCCGCUGGUGGCUACAGCCCGCCAGCAUGGAGGCGCCUCGGCAACGGCGAUCGCAGCAGCGGCUUCUGGCGGAAAGAUGAUGAUGAUCUUGCUAGGUUGUAUGAUCUCGACCAUCCGGCGCUGUAUGAGAAGCUGGAGAGAGAGAGUAGCCGGACUUAUGAAAGCGCUGAUGAUGGGGACGCCAUUCUUGCCCAGGCCAUCAGGACGAGGUUGCCGUCGGGCAGCGUCUCGCCGGAGAAGGAAAGGAGUCCAGAACCUGAGUUUUAUCCGGCGCAGCAGCAUUUCAUUGACGACGUGGUCCAUAUCAAACGGGAGCAUGACGGCGCGCUUGCGCUGGGUCAGGUAAAUGAGAAAGGCAUAGAACCGGAAUCAAAGGUCAUCCGCUUUGCCGUCCACGCAGAAGUCCAACACCGAACAGAGCCGAUCGAGAUGGCCAUCAGUUUUAUUCGCAGUCGAUUCCGGGCGGCGACGAGAUCGUGGGCCUCGAUAUUCUUAUCGUCGGUGAUUGCUAUUUUCUCAUACGCAGCAUUACGAUGGAUAUCCCAGCCCGCGGCAAUGCGCCCUGUCCCGGAUCUUGUCAAAGUCGCGGGUGUAGCUCGCUCGUUAGAACCGCUGAUUUACUAUUCGGAAAGUGGUAUUCAGCAGGUCAGCGAGUUGCAGGCGACUGGUGUCGCUGUGUGGGAUCUUGGCGAAAGCGUGCGAAGCAGCAACCUGACCUCGGCCCCUAUUAUUGUGAUGGAGCUCGACGAGCUGGGUGAUAGCUUAAAGACGCUGGCUGUGGAACUCACCAAAUUCUUCGCCAACGUAGAUGGUGAUAUUGACGCUAUUCUCAUCGUAAUGGACUGGGCCCGCCGCGAGCUGCACCAAGUCCAACACCUCCCGACCCUCCCCCUCUCCUCCGCCUUCGACAACAUCCACAACCUCCUCUCCAACGUCGGCCUCCUCGAAGACCCCCACACAGGGCAAUCCACCCGUCUCGGCGCCCUCGCCACCUCCCUCUUCGGCCACUCCACGCCCCAACGCACCAAACACACCGUCCAGCGCACCUUCAACGAAUUCCUCACCGUCCUCGAAGACGCAGUCUCCUCCGAACUCCAACACUCCCUCGCCCUCUUCGCCCUCUUCGAAGCCAUCGACCACCAGUUCCUCAACCUCGCCCGCACCGUCACCCGCGAAGCCUCCCUCCAAGACGACGCCCACGAUGACUUGCUCUCGUCUCUCUGGUCCCGUAUCCUCGGCGCCAAAGCCUCCGAAGUCGCCAAGUACGAACGCAACCGCGUCCUGCUCCGGGAUGUGCGUGAGCGUACCGUGGCGAACAAGGGCGUGCUGGUCGAGCAUAACCAUCGGUUGUUGGCUCUCAAGGCGAAAUUGGAGUCGCUGCGUCGGAAAUUGGUGUCGCCGCUCGUGCGGUCGGUUAACUCGAGUACCCUGGCGCUGGAUGAGCAGAUCCGUGGGUUGGAGGAGGCUGGGUCGCAUUUGGAGCGGGUGAGAUUGCAGCAGAAGUCGAAGUUGUUUGAGAGGGUGUAUGGGGGUGGGAGUGGGAGUGCGCGGUUGCCGCCGGUUGUGGAUACGGGUGAUGGGAGGUGA